AUGGGUCACUAUGAGCUGAAGCAGGCUCCGCCUGCAGCACUACACGAAAUAGACGGCUCAUCCCAGGAGAAUCUGGAUGAUAUCAACUUAGCCCGCAUUGGAAAGCGCGCUGUCCUAAGGGUAAAAAUUGCCUACCCCCACAACGAAAGGCGGAAUUUUGGGUUGAUGUCAAUCCUGGGCUUCAGUUGCACGAUUCUCAUCACCUGGGAGGGUAUAACAGCUGGUGGCCCUGCUGGGUCAGUUUAUGCGUUCCUCUUUGUCUGGGCCGGUGUUACAGCGACCUUCGUUGUAUUAUCAGAGCUAGUUUCAAUGGCUCCAACAGCCGGCGGACAGUACCACUGGUGCUCGAUGUUGGCACCUCGGUCGGCAAUGAAACUGUCCAGUUAUAUCACGGGUUGGCUUACUGUCAUCGGAUGGCAGGCCACCUAUGCAACCGCCAUCUACCUCAACGGAACUUAUAUUGCAGCAAUGAUCUCCCUUACCCAUUCUGACUACGUCCCGCAAGCGUGGCAUAUGACUUUAUAUUCUUAUGCAACCGCGUUAAUCGGCCUGGCUAUCAACUGUGUAGGGGGAAAGCUUCUACCACGGUUUGAAGGGACAAUUUUAAUACUCCACAUUCUUGGUUUCUUUGCGAUCCUGAUUCCAUUGACAUAUAUGGCCGAUCAUAAAAGCGCCAAGGAGGUCUUUACCCAUUUCAUAAAUGAAGGACAAUGGCCGACUCAAGGCCUCUCGUUCUUCAUCGGAUUAAUUGGCCCUGUGUUUGCCUUUGCCGGUGGCGAUGCCGCAGUCCAUAUGGCAGAAGAGAUUUCCAACGCACCUACUUACGUCCCCUGGUCGUUAAUGCUCACUGUCUUGAUCAACGGAACCCUUGGUUUUGCCAUGCUUCUCGCCCUGCUCUUCUGUAUCGGCGACAUUGAUACAGCCCUCAAUGACCCCACAGGACUACCCUUUGUCGGUAUUUUCCUACAAGCAACAGAGUCCAUCCCAGGCACAGUGGUCAUGGCUUCUAUUAUCAUCGUACUAUGCUUCUGUACUUCAGUGGGCAUGCUUGCGUCCGCAUCGCGCCAAUUCUGGUCCUUUUCCCGGGACCGCGGAAUCCCUGGCUGGCAGCUAUGGAGUCAGGUUACAACGCGCACAGCAAUACCAACAUACACCGUCGUUUUCACCACAACAAUCUCACUCCUCCUAAACCUCAUCAACAUCGGCUCUGACGUAGCCUUCAACAGUCUGGUCUCCAUGUCCACAUCAGGCCUCUAUUUAUCAUACAUGGUUGUUGCCGGUCUGCUCCUCUACCGGCGUUGCACUGGCGGAAUUAUGGAAAGAAACAACGGGACCCGGGGCUCAGAGAUCAAGAUCAACACGGCAGGGGCUCAGUUGGUCUGGGGCCCAUUCCAUGUUCGCGGUGUUUUGGGGAUUGUCCUGAAUGUCUUCUCGCUCGUUUAUAUGACCAUUGCUACGUUCUUUAGCUUCUGGCCGCCGAAUAAUCAUGCUGAUGUGCAGUCGAUGAAUUACAGUGUGGUGGGGACGGUAGGGACGAUUAUUCUGAGUCUAGUGUAUUAUUUUGUUCGGGCUAGGAGGAUUUACUCGGGGCCUGUGGUGGAGAUAUAG